AUGGCUCCCAACAAGACUCCCAGUCAACAUAACCUGACACUAUUUAUCCUGCCCCACAUCAAGAAACAGCCGCUGAAUGUGUUUGUUACUCCCCCUAAUCCAGGUCCUGCUACGCAAGGAUUGUUUGAUACUCCUGGGCUGAACCAACUGCUGUUUUUCCACUCUCUGGAUCAACCGAAUGAGGCGCCGCCUCCAGCGAACCCUGAGCCCCUCACCCAAGCAGAAAAGCUUCGCCUCUGGCGCCAUGAUGCUCUUAAUCAACACCAAUUGAAGACGGCAGAAUUUAUUGGCGAUAAGGUAUUGGCACUCACCGAUGACGCCAACGACGCGUUCUGGCUCGCUCAAGUAUACUACAACGGCGGUAACUACCAGCGAGCUCGAGAACUACUUGCAUCAAAACCCCACUAUGAAAAACUGGUGCUGUGUCGUUAUCUUGCGGCACAAUGCCUUGUCAAAGUGGAACAAUGGGAAGAGGCUCUUGAUUUGAUUGGUGAAACAAAUCCUUUUCACAAAGACGAAAACUACCAAGUAUUGAACGCUGACGGUGGCAUUAAGUUAGAAGCACUGAUGUGUUUCUUGCGAGGUCAAAUUUACGCCCAACAGAACAAUUUCGAUAGAGCUAAAGAGUGCUAUAAAGAAGCUUUACUUGUUGACGUCAAAUGCUACGAAGCAUUUACAGAAUUGAUAGAUGGUAACUUGAUGACACCUCGUGAAGAGUGGGAAUUUGUAAGUCAGCUUAAUUGGCACAAUGCAGAUGAUAACCAUGAGCUUAUUCGACUUCUAUACACUCUGCGAUUAUCGAAAUACCUUAACGUGGGUAAGUUCGAGGAAGCCGAGGCGAUAUUGCGUGAUGAGUACGAAUUGGGCGACAACGCCGAUCUUUUGCUUAGUCGAGCCGAGUAUCUUUAUGUCCAGUGUAACUUUGAUGAGUGUUUGACAGUGUGUGAUAAGAUAUUGGCUCACGACAAGUUUAACUUCAAUGUGUUGCCAUACUAUCUAAACUGUCUCUACGAGGUUGGCGGCAAAAACAAGCUCUUUUUGGUGGCACAUCAGCUUGCAGAGCACCAUCCCACCAAUCCAGUUACGUGGUUGGCAAUUGGCAUCUACUACCUUAGCAUUUCCAAAAUACUGGAAGCGAGAAAGUAUUUCUCAAAGGCGACCAUGCUUGAUUCAAAUUACGGCUAUGCCUGGAUUGGCUUUGCCCAUACGUUUGCUGCUGAAGGGGAACAUGAACAAGCAAUCUCAGCCUAUGCCUACGCUGCCAAAUUGUUCCCAGGUAUUCAUUUGCCCAACCUCUUUUUGGGGAUGCAACAUCUUCAGAUGAACACCCUCAAUCUUGCCGAAGAGUACCUCAUGGCGCUGUACCAUAUCUGCAAUCUGGAUCCGCUUUUACUCAACGAGCUUGGGGUGAUUAAUUACCAUCGCAAUAAUUUUAUUAAGGCGGAGAUUUUCCUCCAGGAAGCACUUCAAGCGGCUAAGCAUCUUAACCUGGAUCUGAAGACCUGGGUACUGAUCCACACCAACUUGGGCCACGUUUAUCGACGGGCCAAACAACCGUACAAAGCGUUAGAGUGUUUCCAACAGGUGCUUAAAUUGCUGAGUAAAAACGAUGCUAAUAUUCUCAGUGCCAUGGGGCUCAUCUACAUGAAGCUAGAAAACUGGUCUAAAGCGAUUGACAUUCUCCAUGACGCCCUCGCCAUCCAGCAGGGUGACCCCAUUGCCCAAGACCUUCUCAAAAAGGCAUUGGAGUGUCACAAAAAAUUCGAUUUCUUCAAAGAUGCCGACAAGGUGUUUGAGCUCUCACUACCCAGUCUAGCCAACCGGGGCGUGCCGGCAGUGGACGACGACAUCGAUGAGGUGGCAGCUAAGCUUAAAGCAGGUAACGACCUGGACGACGAAAAUAUGGAUAUAGAAUAG